AUUGCUUGCACAGUAAGCCAAUCAGAUUUCAAGCUCAGCCCUCUGUUCCCUUGACUGAGGAGAGUUAUAAAUGACUCACUGGGCUCUUUGAGAACAGAGCUUCUCAGUUGCACCACCUUAGGAGCAGCUCUCCUGUCACUUCUUGCAGCUCACUCACCUGCCCGAAUCCGUCCCUCUUUCCUCUCCUGGAAAGUGAAGGACUUAAACUGAAGCAAAGAUGACUGACGCUCGGCCACGUUAUGUCAUCAACCGCCCGGCUUAUUCUACUGAAGACUUUGAUGAAGAGUUUGAGAGGAAAAAUAGAAGUUACCCACUUGGAGAGAAAAUAAAGAAUCUUUUCAGAUGUUCACCAUCCAGACUCAAACUCAUCCUGUAUAGCCUGUUUCCUAUACUUGUAUGGCUUCCAAAAUAUAAAAUCAAAGAUUACAUUAUUCCUGAUGUUCUCGGUGGAAUCAGUGCAGGAACUAUUCAAGUACCUCAAGGCAUGGCUUUUGCUUUAUUGGCGAACCUUCCUCCAGUCAAUGGACUCUAUUCUUCCUUCUUUCCUCUGAUAACCUAUUUCCUGCUUGGCGGUGUUCAUCAGAUGGUCCCAGGUACUUUUGCAGUCAUCAGUAUUAUUGUGGGAAAUGUUUGCCAUGAGUUGGCUCCUGAAUCUGAUUUUUACUACUUCAAUUAUACAAGCAAUGAGCAGAUGGUGAACAACACAGCCAUGGAAGCAGCCAGACUAGAGAUCUCAGCCACCUUGGCUUGCUUGACAGCUGUAAUACAGAUAUGCUUAGGAUUUGUGCAGUUUGGCUUUGUUGCUAUCUACCUUUCUGAGUCCUUCAUCAGGGGUUUCAUGACGGCAGCUGGUUUACAAAUCCUGAUCUCAGUGCUCAAAUAUGUCUUUGGCCUGAAGAUUGAAUCCUACACAGGGCCCCUUGCCAUUGUCUAUACUUUUAUCGACAUUUGUAAAAAUCUACCAAAGACCAACGUGGCCUCUCUCGUGUUUUCCUUAAUCAGCUCUGUGCUCCUAAUUAUUGUGAAAGAGUUGAACAUGAAAUACAUGAAAAAAAUCCGAGUCCCCAUCCCUAUGGAGAUCAUUAUAGUCAUCAUAGCUACUGCAGUUUCUGGAAGCUUUAAUAUGCCUGAGAAAUAUGAUAUGCCAGUAGUUGGAAAUAUUAAUAUGGGUUUUCCAUCAGUCAGUAUUCCUGAGGUGAGCAAGUGGAAAGACAUGAUUGGCACAGCUUUUUCACUUGCCAUUGUGGGAUAUGUGAUUAAUCUGGCCAUGGGCAGAACACUUGGAACAAAACAUGGCUAUGAUGUGGAUCCAAAUCAGGAAAUGCUAGCUCUGGGCUGCAGCAACUUUUUUGGAUCCUUCUUCAAAAUCCAUGUGAUAUGCUGUGCUCUUUCAGUGACAUUAGCAGUGGAUGGAGCUGGAGGGAAAUCUCAGAUGGCAAGUUUCUGUGUGGCACUGGUAGUGAUGAUUACCAUGUUGUCAUUGGGGAUCUACCUGAGGCCUCUUCCUAAGGCAGUGCUGGGAGCUUUGAUUGCUGUGAAUCUGAAGAAUUCUCUCAAACAGCUAACUGAUCCUUACUACCUUUGGAAAAAAAGCAAGUUGGACUGUAUGGUCUGGGUGGUGAGCUUCCUAUCUGCUUUCUUCCUGGGCUUGCCCUUUGGACUCGCUGUAGGAGUGGGGUUUUCCAUCCUCGUUGUGGUUUUCCAUACUCAGUUCCGCAAUGGUUGUGUCAUUGGCCCUGUAGCUGCUUCUGAUAUAUACAAGAACCCCAAGGUCUAUGAUAAGGUCCAAGAAAUAGAUGGGGUUAAAAUUGUCACCUACUGCUCUCCAUUAUACUUUGCUAAUUCAGAGAUAUUCCGGGAAAAAGUUAUUGCAAAGACUGGUGUUGACCCUAUAAAAGUCUUCCUGGCAAGGAAAAAGUUUGUGAAGAAUCAAGAAAAGGUGGUGGCUGCAGCACAGAAAGUGAGCAAACUAAAAUCCUUCUUCAGAAAGAAUAAGACUAUAUCUCUGCAAGAGCUCCAGAAGGACUUUGAGAGCAAUUCUCCAACAGACACAAACAACAACCAGACAGCUUCCAAUGGCAAUAGCAUCUCAUUUAUUGCUUUCAACCCAGCUAUGAAUGCUGCAAGGCAGGUUAAUGCCCCUUGUGAACAAAGAAGCACUCCUCAAAGAAGCAGCAUCCUCAGUGUUACCCCAGCCUCAAAUGUUGAUCCUAUAAUUACAGCACCCCCAUUUGUCAACUUCCACACAAUUGUUUUGGAUAUGAGUGGUGUCUGCUUUGUAGACCUGAUGGGGACAAAGGCUUUGGGAAAGCUGUGCGUCAACUAUCAAAGGAUUGGGAUUAAAGUUUUCCUGGCAAAUGUCCCUGCCCAAGUGUAUGAUGACAUUCGCACAGGGGGAGUUUUUGAAGAAGGAGGUCUUGACCCUAGUCAUCUCUUUGUGACCAUCCAUGAUGCUGUUUUGUUUGCAACAAUGAAUGGCAAUAGAGCUGUGCGUUGCUCAGCCUUGAACCAGCGAUCAACUCAGAUAGAAGUCUCUGUCUCUGAUGAAUCUCUGGAAGACAGCAGUGCUGAAUUUCAAAACUUGGAAGAGGAAAUGUUUGGAAGCAUUUUUCAUUCAGAAGCACAAACAGCGCUGUGAACUCUUGAAGAAUGAUUGUGUGAUGGCAAACAUUUUGACCAUGACAUUCGUUUAUAAAGAAAAGUUUCUGUGUCUGAAGAAACAGAAACAUUCAAAGACAACUGCCUUUAUACAUUUUGGCAAGGGAGUAACAGUUCCUUUGAAGCACUGAAGGCUUCUUAUGAGACAUUCUCUUCAUUCAAAAUCAGAGCAACUGACUAUUGGAGCAGUUGGUAUAGACAGCAGAAGAAGGAACUCAGGGAAUACCUUUCAUCUAUCCAGAAACAGCACAAAAGGCACAGGACAAUCACUACUUCACUCCAAUUUCCUUCAUCCUAUCUUCAAGCAAUGCUUAUAUACCCACGAGAAUGCAUGUAAUACAUAUGCAUACUGAGGUCCAGCAAACUUGUUUUUAUCAGGAAAAAAGAGAGAAUAUGAAGAGUGUUUGAUCACUAGAUAGAACUAUCAUGAGAUAUUUGAGUAUGAAAGCAGACAGUUGUUUCUAAAGUGUGCACUGAACUUUAUAAACUUCAUGCUAUAAGGAAAUAGGCUUCUGAUGAUGAUGCCUAGCUCAUCCUCACUGAAAGCUAAUAUAACCUCCUUGGGGUUUUUUUUUUAGAACUAUGUGUGCCAGUAUAUUUCAUGACUAUUUGCCAUUUCCACUAGCCCUCUUUGCUUCAUUUUUUGGAACCUUUAUCUCCCCAUGCAGAUAAAUCUCUUACAUCUCAUAGGAACUUCUUGCACAAACAGAUACUUUCAUGGUACUUUGCAUUCUUACAAAUUCAAACUUAUUUGACUAGAUGUACACUUAAACCAAAGAAAAUGUUUUGACUAGUUUUUUAUUUAGAAAUUUCAAAAGAAUAGCUACUUCCACAGUAUUUGGUGCUUCAGUUUCCUGUUCUGCAUAACCAAACAUUAAGAAAGAUUGGGUUAAGUUAAAUAUGAGCAAUAAACAAAGUUUCUGUAGGGGACAAUUUCCAGACCCUGCCCCAUACAUAUUCAGUAAAAAUAACCAAAUUACUGAAAAUAUAUUAAAGCAUCUCAGUUGGAAAACAUCACCUCAUAUGCGUCUUAGGCUUACAGGCAACAUUCAUAUAAUGGUAAGGAUUAUUAUCUAAUCCUUUUAAAACUCUUUUCAUCUAUUCAAUACUAAAUGGAUUUUCUUCCAUGUAUGCCACAGAUGAAGAGAAUCUACCUCUAAGACAGACCUGUCUGCCUAGAAAACUAGAAAAAGAUCUCUUUUGAAAAUUGUAUUUUGUAAAUGCAAAGUAGGAUGGUUCCUCGGUAUCUGCUGGAGUUUUGUUCCAGGAUUCCCACUCCCAUGAAUAUUAAAAUUCAUGGAUGCUCAAGUCCCAUUAUAAACAAUGGCAUAGUAAAAUGGUGUUCCUUACAUAAAAUGAUGAACAAAUCAAACAAGAGCCUAAGGAUCUGCGAAGCAGCAGGAGGCUACACCAGUGUAUGCAUACACAUCAGAGUAUUGCUUGGUGUACAGCAAAAUCAAUAUUUGCUUCUUGGAUUUCUCCCCUUGAAUAUUUUCAAGCUAUUGUUGGUUGAAUCUGUGAAUGUAAAACCUGUGGAUACAGAGGCCUGAUUGUAAUUUUUAUAUUAAAAUGUGAAUGUAAAUACUA